UGGAAAACCAUAAAAUGGUUUCCAUUGCUAUGUACAUGGAGACUUUCCCUGUUCUGGCAAUUUUCAUUUCUAGCUAACAACAUGAUCUCCUUCACGAGAGGAGGAAUGAAGGCAAUUGUGAAAUGGAGGCCUGGGUCCAAAAUGUCGAAACAGGGUAGGAGCAGGUAGACCCGGCAGGUGAAACAUGUCUUUCCCCACUGGGUCACGCUGACCCCACACACAUAUUCUAGCAUCUUGGUUAAUUAAAUAUAUGUACGAUAUGUACACUGGUGCUUAUCCUUUUGACAUAUAUGGUUUCGUGCCUCGUGAGUAAUGGACUAAUGAGAUUGAGAACUGGUUCUACUUGUACACCCCAUUUCCAUCUAUGCGUCCCAUUUCAAGUUUUCAACUUCCACAUGGCAAAAAUCAUUGUUUGACAUCUCUGGAGGGCCUCCUUUCAUGUCUCAGACUCAGCCAUCACUGUCUCCUUUCUGAAGAAAAACGCCAUGGCUAUCGAUAUCUCCACCCUGGAUGCCAGGUAUCUUGAUUCUUGCAAAAGGCAUGGAGUGGUGCCCAACUCUGCAGUAUUAUCAUGGUUCUAUAAGGCCAAGAUUCAGAAAUCCAGUCAUGAGAAAUGCAGCAUAGUGGUUUUACUGGACCACCUAAGAGCUGCUGAUUUUUCUCCUCUAAUCGAUGUAUUCCUAGAAAUUGACUCUUCUAAUAUCGAUGCAGUUGACAUACUUCAUGAAUCACCUAUCAUCUUGACUGAAGAGUAUGUUUUGUCUAUGAUACGUACGAUAAAUUUGAAGCUUCGACUUGUUGAACUCCGAGAUGUUUCAUUUGGGAAGGACUUUUUCCGGGAUCUCUCCCAUGAUGGCUUGGCUUGCCAAGUUUUAAAACUAAGGUCUUCCCAUUUUCAAAAGCUCAACAUGGUUGGAGGGUUUUUGCAGUUACACACCCUUAAUCUGGAUUAUUGUACACAUCUCACUAGUUUGCAGAAGGAUUGUUUUGCUUGCAUGCCAAAUCUGAUGCGUCUUUCAAUGUGUGAGACAAGAGUUGCUAAUCUUUGGACAACUAGUGCAGUCCUGUCAAAAAUUCCUUCUCUGGUGGAACUCAGGUUCCAAACUUGUCCAUGUUGUGAAAACACUGGGCCAUGUCCCAUGUCAUCCAAUACUGAUGAUUCGUUAACUAUCGAUGAUGUUCCAAGCAUGGAUGAGUGUCUAUCAAAUGAUUGUCAAAUCACAGUAUCAAGUGAACUUCAAAGAAUAGGUUUAUUGGAGUUGUCAUCUGAUAAUGCUCUUCCAGUUUCGAAGAAACAUGGCCAUUUGCAAAAGGAGGUUUCUUUUAGUGAAAUGCAUGUUCAACACAAAAAUGGAUCUCUUUUAAGUGGGCUUAACUGGGACUUGACAGAUGCUGCUAUUGCAUUGAAGUAUUGCAUUUCACACCAUCCUUCUCCCAUAUGCUUUGAGAAACAUUACCGGGACUACAUGAUUGCUUCAUUGCCUCUUUUGCAAGUUUUAGAUAAUUUGCUUAUCAGAAAGAUGGACAGGGAAAAGGCCAAGACUAUCUUUUCAAAGUACUAUGAGUAUUUACCAUAUAAAAGACAGCCAGAGAGUGUUGUUACAGUCUUGCAAAAGCGUGAAAUGGGAUCAAGUACUAUUCAUGGCAGAAAAUCUUUGAAGCCAAAGCAGCCAUCUUCUUACAAAAAGAGUCCAUAUUUCUUCUCAAGGUCUCUUUGUGCCACCAAACUUGGGGCAUGGCCACUCUUAUAUCCUGUAUCCAACAUUAGCUACACUAGCAAACAAGAAAGUAAGCAACUUCGUCCAAGGCAAUUUGAGUACCAUCCAUCUAACUCCAGUCUUAUGGUUUUUGGAACACUUGAUGGUGAAAUAGUUGUUUUCAACCAUGAGAGUGGGAAUAUAGUUGGUUACAGUCCAUCCAUAGGAGCGGCUAAUAGAGUUUUGGGGCUCUGUUGGCUUAAGAAGUGUCCAUCCAAGCUCCUUGCCGGUUCUGAUAAUGGUUCCUUGAACUUGUACGACAUUAAUCACAUGCCACCAAACAUUGCAGAUGCCUAUUGCAGUUCUGGCAUUGUUACAUAUGAUAGGUUUGAGCAGUUGACCUCUGUUCAUGUCAACUCAACAGAUGAUUGGUUUCUUGUGAGUGGAUACUCAAAACAUGUUGCUCUAUACGACAUUGGGAGUGGAAAACGCUUAAAAUUAUUCAAUAAUAUGCAUAGAGAACCGAUUAAUGUUGCUAAGUUUUCCAACCAUUCCCCCUCAAUAUUUGCCACUUCGUCAUUUGACCAUGAUGUCAAGUUGUGGGACCUGAGACAGACACUAGAACGGCCUUGCUAUACAUCUUCCAGCUCAAGAGGGAACGUGAUGGUUUGCUUUUCUCCUGAUGACCUUUAUCUGCUUGUUUCAACUGUUGACAAUGAGGUUAAGCAACUUUUGGCAGCAGAUGGAAGGGUUCACAUGAAUUUUGAGAUUGCUUCAACUGGAAGUGCUCAUAAUUAUACUCGUUCUUAUUACAUGAAUGGAAGGGACUAUAUUAUCAGUGGGAGUUGUGAUGAAAAAGUUGUUCGCAUUUGCUGUGCUCAAACUGGAAGGCGACUUCGGGAUGUUUACUUGGAGGAUAGGGGAUCAGGGAAUUCAAUGACUGUGCAAUCCUUAAGGGGUGAUCCUUUCAGGGAUUUUAACAUGAGUGUCUUAGCAGCCAAUAUGCAUCGGAACUCAAAGUGGGAGGUCAUCAAGGUCAAUUUGCUUGCAUCCAGUAAUUGUGCCAAAGAAAGUUAUCAUGGCGAAAGUGUUCAUCCUUCCUAUAGCCUUGGAGGUUGAGAUUAGUGUUUACAAUGUGUUUUAUGUACAUAUAUGUUUUGGGAACUCAUUCUUGUCCAGAAAAUGCAUGAAUUUUGUGUAAUAAGUAUAUCACAGCUCUUGUACCUUGGUUCAUUGAUCAAGGGGAUAUACCCUGUUUAGGAUGGGCUCGGGUUAACAUCCCCUAAUGGUCUUGUAUAUGUAAACUACCACCUUCACCCAAGAAAUUUCUUUCCUACUA